AAAUUACAUAAUCUUAUGGUCAUAGCUAAUAAAACCACACCUAGCUCUCCAGCUUUGCUCUCAGUUCCAAUUCACCAGUCACUUCGGUCACUACUACCAACCAACAGAAUGUUAAACUCUUACCUCGUAUUUCUGAGCGCUCUCGUUGCGACUCAAGUAACGGCACUUCCCAAUGGAGCCCCUUUAACUGCCUGUGGAUCCAUGAAGCCACUUCACGUGCCUUUUAUCUUCGCUCAGCCAAACUCCCCGUUUACUUUAACAGUCAGCAGCGCGACAGCCAGUGUUGGCUCUCCCAUAACAGUGACUUUGAAAUCCACGACUGCAGCCACUUUCAAAGGUUUCCUGGUUCAAGCUCGAUCCGGGAAUAGUAAGACUGCUCUUGGCACAUUCGAUGUUUCACAAGGAACCAAUGCGGGGAAAACACUGAACUGCCCGAAAGGAACUGCGAACGCUGUAACUCAUAAGGACGCUACCUUAAAAACUGAGCAAUCAUUUAAAUGGACUCCGCCAGCAAGUUUUACCGGAAAAGUCACGAUGAAAGCCACAGUAGUUGAGGCUUAUGCUUUAAUUUACAGGGAUAUUUCCUCCGAGACUAUUACUGUUUCAUAAAUUGAGCUGAGACUGCUCUUGCUGGCGAUAGAACAAAUAUCAAAUUCCGUUUGGACCAGUUACAAAAUUUGAUCUAUUAUAAUAAGACGAUGGCGUCGCUACUUUCAAAUUUCUUAAAACUUUAUGAAAUAUAAAAAAAACCCUACACUUAAUUUAAAACUGAAUAAUAAUGCAUCAUUACUCCAUCUGAAAAAUACAUAAAUUCCAAAAUAAAA